UAGAUAUAAACUGCAGCGACCAACCUGCUGUAAUGACUUCCAGUUGGCAGAGAUCUGCUGGGCCUCUUGUGGAGGUUGAGGAUUUUCCUGGUCCUUCUUUGGAGCUGCUGUCUUCUCAGACUUCUUCUUCAGACGGAACUCCUGUUUUGCAAAACGUUUCGCACCGACCUGAUGUGCGAUGUGGACAAACGUCACUGUUGUUGAAUGACGUUGAGAUCAUGGUGGUGAACUCGCCGUCUCCUCUGCCUGAGAGAGCCAUCUAUGGCUUCGUGCUCUUCCUGGGCUCCCAGUUUGGUUUCUUUUUGUACUGCCUGUGGGCGUAUAUACCAGAGGAAUGGCUUCAUUCAGUAGGACUCACUUACUGGCCUCAGAAGUAUUGGGCUCUUGCAAUGCCAAUCUACCUCCUGGUUGCAUUAAUGGUCUUUGUGGUUGUGUUAUUCGGUAUUAACAUGAACAACACGGCUCCACUGGACUCUGUGGACAACGUCACAGACGUAUUUGCACAAGGUCAGAGGUCAGACUGCUACCGGAAGGGUGGAAUACCUCGACUGAAGGAUGUCUCCAUUAGUGAAGUCAACAAAAAGUUCUAUUUAUCUUCUGAGACAUGACAAACACAGACUUACUGACUGGACGGGUCGAGGUUUACUGUGCUAUCUCUGCAUAUUUUAAUAUAAUUAUGGGUUUCUUGUUUAUUAAAUAAAACACUUUAUGUAAUGAUUAUUGUUUUUAUCUUAGGUCUCAGUUCACAACCUUUAUGUCCAUCAUGAUAAAAAAAAUCCUGUGAUUUUAUUUAUUGUAAAUAUUGUUUUGUAUAACAGUCCAAGUAAAGUAUGGCUGUAAAUCCGUAGUAAUACAAUUUAAAUGCAAAUGAAUUGUCUCAUGUUGGGGAUGUUAAAGCGGCAACAAAUAGUAUAAUAAUAAAUAAUCAGUUUGUGAAAUUUAUGGUAUAAAUCAUAAUCAUAAAGCUGUUACAAACAUCUGAAGUAUCAAUGAUAAUUCAUACAUAAAAGUUACACUUGUACAUUUUUUAAUAACUGAUGAUGAUAACUGUUGUGUUUUUGUAGAAGGGAGAAAGACCAUUAUUAGUUUAUGUUAGUUUUUACCUACUUUGGAACAAUUGAUUUAUGAGACACUGAAAGUCUUUAUAAUGGUUUAUACCCAAUCCCAGAACCCCACCUGCUUCGUCUGAUUAGAGAAGAGAGAGCAUUGUUACUUAUACGUUCUAGUCUUGUAUUUGAUUUCCUUUUUAACAGUUUCCAAUUUUGCCAUUUGAUUAGUUUUCUUAAAACAUUUGUUUAACGAAGAAUAAAACAUAUUUUUAUGAUGUUUGAA